UUGACGAGAUGGAAAUGAGAGCACAAACCGUUUGUGCGAACCUUUUGCCACCGAAAUCGAAACAAAGGAGAACCGUUUCAAGAACUGCUAAAAUGGAAGAACUGAUGUUGGCCACGGAUUUACUUGAACCUACUGCAGAGGAAGGUGAAAAUGAAGCUGCUACAGAGAAUCCAAAUCAAGAGAUUAGUGAGUUGUCAGAUGUGGAUCUGGCAAUGGAGCAUCAGGCUGAGCCCGAGCAGCAGCAGCAGGAGAAGGAACAAGAACAGGGGGAGACGGAGGUGACAGAACCUGGGGAGGUGACAGAACCUGGGGAGGUGACAGAACCUGGGGAGGAGACAGCUCCACAACAACCAGAGAUACCGGUAGCUCCAGAUGAAGAGAGCCAGGAGUCCGUGAUGGAAGAGGCGGAUGGACAGACGUCACAAGCUGUAGAUGAGACUGAGGCGAUGGAGCAGGACCAAGAUACAACUGAUUCUCAGCAAGAACCGCACUCUCAAGACCACAUUGAGGAAGAAGACCUGGUAGCAGUGCCGGAGGAGGCUGCCCAAGAUGAGCCUACGGCAGCUGCUACAGAAGACCCACCCCCUGUCCCUGAGCAGCCUGUUGUUGAGGCAGCCAUCCCUACCGACCCUCCCAAGGAUACAAUGCUACACACCCCGUCUCUCAUUGACGACUAUGUUUCUGAGUUUGACUCCUCUGCUCCUGUCAAGAAAGAAGAGCCCAGCUCUGUUGAGCCCCCUCCACCAACAGCUGUUGCUACACCGACUGCUACGCCUCACACUCCCAGCCUGCCUACACCCAUUGAACAAGCAAACAAGCCUGUGGACGAGCUCAAGACCUUGAAAACCGAGGUUGGUGAAGCGGAUGCACUGGUAACCCUAGCGUCUGCAGCCUUGGGUUGUGACCAGGCGACCAAUGGUAUCAAGCAAGUUGAGGAUGUUCCACUGAAACGAGAACCAGUGUGGUGUGAUGUGGGAAUCAUCAAAGGUACUUCAUUUUUGGUGAAGAGCUUCUACGACCCCUCGACAUUCGAGGAUCCAGAUCAUCCUGACAUUACUGUAGACAAUCUGCCAGACUACACAGGAGCUCUCAAACUGGACCUGGAGCCUGGGACAGCUUACAAGUUCAGGGCAGCCGCCAUCAACACCUGUGGCAGAGGCCCUUGGAGUGAGGUAUCUGCAUUCAAGACCUGUCUGCCUGGGUUCCCAGGAGCCCCAUCUGCCAUCAAGAUAUCCAAGUCUGCUGAAGGAGCUCACUUGUCUUGGGAACCACCUUCCUCCUCUUCUGGCAAGAUUAUUGAAUACUCUGUCUGUCUGGCUGUGAGACAAGCCACCACCAACCAACAGGGUGACACUAAAACAGUAAACAGUACACCAACACAGCUUGCGUUUGUGCGAGUGUACUGUGGGGCACAGAACCAGGCUGUGGUACAGAACACGUCUCUAGCUGCUGCUCACAUUGACAUGACUACCAAACCCGCUAUCAUCUUCAGGAUUGCAGCCAAGAAUGAGAAGGGUUAUGGACCUGCCACUCAAGUCAGAUGGCUCCAAGAUGUGCCUCCAGCUGGUGGUCCAACAAAGCCAGGUCCUAAACGUGACGUUAAUCUUGGCAACUCUCCUCAGAAAAGGUUCAAAACAGGAAGUUAACCAUGCCAAUCUUAAAAAUGUCAUAAUAAAAGUAAAAUAUUUAUUGAAGUAAGUCAAGAGUAAGCUCUUUUUAUUUGGUUUAUAUUUCCAGAGAAAAAUUUUAGAGUUGUGCUGUGUAAAUUGGGUUUAGGAACUUUAAUAAUUGGUGACCUACUGAAGAUUACAAUUUCGCAGCAAAAUACGUCAGCAGUACAAUAAAACUUUGAUUAUGCAGGAUAAUGAACACGGGAAUAACCAAGAAUAACUGGAAACAAGGGUUCAAGUUACUUGGCCAACUUGAAAAUUACUCAAAGCGAUUUAAUGUAAAUAUUACAAAGAUAAUUAAUACAAAGAAAGAAAUCAUGCUACAUGUUUAUUGUGUAAAACAGCUUUCAAAAGAUGAGUGAUUUGAAACAACAUCAUCCAUUCAAAUUUACUUGAUAAACUUUAACUUUAAAUAUUCUAUUAGCCAUUGUUCAACAUUGUGUUAUUGCCAUAGAAGAACACUUAACGCUUGUAAGUUAGUCAUUCUGUUGUCAUUUUACUCUCACCCUUCUUUCUUUCUUCCCACCUGCAAGUGGUUGUGUUUGGUCAAUAAAAAAAACCUAAUUUUUUAUCUAGUUGUUAAAAUCAAGCAUCAAAAGCAAUGAAUGUUUUCAUACACUCUUUUGAGUGUGAAUUUUUUACCAUGAUUGACCUUUUCUGAAUAUUCCAGGUUUUACUGUACUGUACUCUCAUAACAAUAACCUUGAUUUUAAAAAUCACUAUAUUUAAUAAGUUUCAUAUCUGAGUAAAAAAAUUUUUAUUUUUUUAUACCAACGGCUUGUUUAAUGUUUUAUUUUUCUUUCUUUUAUUUAUUUACAAAAUGUACUUUUUAAUAAAACAAA